AAUGGGGUGGUGGCCUGGGCUGGCCGGAGACUUCAGGCCACUCCGGCUGGACGCUCGGUGCCUGCCACUUCUCUCCUGCCUCCCAUGGCCCGCUCUGGGGAUGCCACACCACCGGCCCCAGCCCCAGGAGCCCCUCCGAAGAGACCAUCCUGGGGACUUGUGCAGGAUGUCGGUGGGCCCCCGAGGGAGCUACGCCCUCGGCUGUGCCACCUCCGAAAGGGCCCCCAAGGCUACGGGUUCAACCUGCACAGUGACAAGUCCCGGCCGGGACAGUAUAUCCGCUCCGUGGACCCAGGCUCACCUGCUGCUCACUCUGGCCUCCGCGCCCAGGACAGACUCAUAGAGGUGAACGGGCAGAAUGUCGAGGGGCUGCGCCACGCAGAGGUGGUUGCCAGCAUCAAGGCGAGGGAGGAUGAGGCCCGGCUGCUGGUGGUGGACCCUGAGACGGACGAGUACUUCAAGCGGCUACGGGUCACGCCCACUGAGGAGCAUUUGGAAGGUCCACUGCCAUCACCAGUCACCAAUGGGACCAGCCCUGCCCAGGUCAACGGUGGCUCAGCGUGCUCGUCACGAAGUGAUCUGCCUGGCUUAGACAAGGACACUGAGGUAGACAGCAGCACCUGGAAGCGGGACCCCUUUCAGGAGAGCGGCCUCCACCUGAGCCCCACGGCGGCCGAAGCCAAGGAGAAGGCGAGAGCCACCCGGAUCAAUAAGCGGGCACCACAGAUGGACUGGAACAGGAAACGCGAGAUCUUCAGCAACUUCUGAGCCCCUCCCUGCCUGUUUGCACGGCCCACAGGCCUCGCCCCACAGGCCCAGCCCAGAGUUCCCCAAGCCUCAGUGGACUGGAGGGGGUGCCUCCUCACCCCCAGAAGCCGUGCUGGUCCCACCACCACCCAGGAACCAAUGUGCGCCCCAGUGAGCCCCGUCCUGCCCCCCGACCUGCUGGGUGCUGGAUAGGGGAGAGGGGGCCCCCCUGAGACAGAAGAGAGGGACAGAGAGAGGCAGUGGUGACUGUGGGCCCGGCCCUUUUGCUGCUCUGCCCGGGCCUGCUGACUUAAAGGAAUUUGUGUUUUUGCUUUUCUUCCAAAAACAAAAAGAGAGAGCUCCAGUUCCACACAUGUUUCCACUUAAUACCAGAGUCCCGCCCCCGCCCCUGCCCCCGCAGGACGCCUCUCUAAGUAAUUGCAAUAAAACAAACCUUUCUCUGCAAACCAUUUCCUCCCCACCCUUCAGCAGCAGCCAUCCCAAGUGGGCGCCCCGGGCACUUCCAGGGACAGAGGAAAACGUAGGGGGGCCAGACUGUGGUUGUGGGGGCUUCAGCGUGACGCUGGGGAGGCCAGAUGUGGCUGUAGGAGCUGCCCCUCUGCCCCCUCCCUGCUGGGAGUGGGGGUCACCAGGCCAGGCCCCCAUGUCCCUACUCAACUGUGGUCUGGGGCAUGGGGCCUGGGCUCCAGGGGCCCGAAGAUGGAGGCCCUGUGUCCCAGAAGAGGGUGGUCUCCGGACAGGCCUCUUGUCCCUGCACCACAGCCGUGAGGCAUGGGGAGUGUGGCUGUGGGAGAGCUUGCGUGCCCCCAGGAGACCCCCACCCACUCUCCCUUUCCUGCUGGCCCCGGCUGACAUUGCUGUCUGCCCUGUAAGCCAUAGCGCAUGCGCGCCCUCCUAAUAAACAGGCCUUCCU